CUUCCUCGUAGAGACAAGCUUUGAUCGUUAGCUGCUUUAUAUUUGCCACGAAAUAAAUGGAACAUCUAAACCAGACAAGAUUGAUAUGGAGGAACGCUGAUGCAGUUACUUUCGAUGUUGAUUCCACCGUGAUACAAGAAGAAGGAAUCGAUCAACUCGCGAAAUUUUGUGGAAAAGAAAAUGAUGUCGUUGCCUUAACACACCGAGCGAUGCGAGGAGAUCUAACGUUUCGACAAUCUUUGCUAGAAAGGCUGAAUAUUAUAAAACCAAGUUUUAUGCAAAUCAAACAAUUUAUAGCUUCUCAUCCGAUCAAACUUUCUCCUGGAAUUAAAACAUUGAUAACAGCUUUACGAACACGUAACAAACAAGUAUUUUUCAUAUCCGGUGGAUUUCAUUCUUUAAUUGCACCAGUUGCCACAGCUCUUGAUAUUCCAUUAGAGAAUAUUUUUGCGAAUAGACUUAAAUUCUACUUCACCGGUGAAUAUGCAGGAUUUGACGAAGAUCAACCCACUGCGGACAGUGGUGGAAAAACAAAAGUGAUUGAAUACCUCAAAAAGGAGAAGGGAUUUAAAACUGUUGUACAUAUCGGGGAUGGAGCAACAGAUUUAGAAACUAUUUCAAUAGCAGAUUUAUUUAUAGGAUACGGAGGAAAUGUAAUCAGAGAGAGUGUCAAGCUGCAAUCUUCCUGGUUUAUUACCGAUUUUAAUGAACUUGUCAGUGUUCUAUAAACACAGGCGAUAUAUUUCUUACAACUGUUAUAUUGUUUCUUCAAUUUUAAUAGUAAUCGAUCAACAUUUUUAAACAAUAA